AUGAUGCGACAAGCGGGACGGUACAUGAAGGAGUACCGGGACGUGGCGGUGAAACAUCCGAGCUUUCGCGAGCGAAGCGAGACGACGGAUCUGAUCUGCGAGAUCACGCUGCAACCGUUUCGCGCGUUUCAACCGGAUGGGGUGAUUCUGUUCAGCGACAUCUUGACCCCGUUUCCGGCGUUCGGGAUCGAUUUCGAGAUUGACGAUUACAAGGGACCGAUGUUGGAGAAGACGAUUCGAAGCGCGGAGGAUUUGAAGAUGUUGCACGAAGUUGAUUUGAGUAAGGUUGAGUUCGUGGCGGAUUCGUUGAAGAUUUUGCGACAAGAGGUUGGUGAUGAAGCGGCCGUGCUCGGUUUCGUCGGCGCGCCGUGGACGCUGUGCACGUACAUCGUCGAAGGGCAAUCGACGUCGACGUACAAAACCAUCAAGUCGAUGUGCUUCAACAAUCCCGAGGUGUUGCACAAGUUGCUGAGCGCCGUGGCGGACGCGUUGGCGGUGUACGUCGGAUUCCAAAUCGAUGCCGGCGCGCAAGUGAUUCAAGUGUUCGACUCUUGGGGUGGACAAUUGCCGCCGCACAUGUGGGAGGAAUGGAGCAAGCCGUACAUCGAGCGCGUCGUUCGCAAGGUGAACCAGACGCACCCGGGAGUGCCGAUUACUAUGUACGCCAACGGUUCGGGCGGUCUUUUGGAGCGCAUGGCGACGUUGCCGGUGGACACCAUCGGGCUGGAUUGGACGAUCGAUAUGGAGGAUGGUCGACGCCGCGUCGGGGACAAGGCGGUGCAAGGUAACGUCGAUCCCGUCGUCCUCUUCGCCGGAGAAGACGCGAUCGAAAAGGCUGUCAGAGACGUGUGCCGCAAGGCGGGUCCGACCGGUCACAUCCUCAACCUCGGUCACGGCGUGCUCGUGGGCACGCCUGAGGAAUCGGUCAAGCACUUCUUCGACGUUUCUAAGACGAUCACGUACUAG